AUGCUGGCCGCGUCCGCAGAUCCCCUUUCCAGACAGGGAUUUGCCAUUUUCGAGACGGUUUUUUGUCACUUGAUGCCCCCAUUUGGCUCUGCGUUCAUUUCAUGUUUGCUUUCUCUUUUAGACGAGACGACUGUCAUCGUCAGCGCUCUCCAAGCAGAGGCAGUCUAUCGGUACCGCUAUAGGGUGGUUACGAUGCCAGGAGAUUUGGUCAGUCAGCCGACGGCUUGGCAACAAGGCGGUAAGUUGCCAAGUUCUACAGGUCACCGGUUAGAAUCCUGCGGGACUGCAAGGAACGAGAUCAAGGGCGAUUCAGAAGGUGAGCGGAUAUUUUGGGAUGCUAUUUCAUUUAAAUGCAUCGGACGUAACCACUGGAAAAUGAUCCAUUCAGAUAAAAAUCAAGCUCUUGAUUGGUACCAAACAAGCCUGUUGCAAAUGCCAAAACUAGUUGAUAUGCAGAAAUUGUCUGCGUUUCUAAGUCAAGUUGUACUUCCCACUCUGGGCACCGACAAACGCCAGUGCCAAAAUUCCCAAUGCGACGGACAUGCUCUGUGUUUUUGGCGUCCCUUCAAGCUCGUCGGAAAGGACGGUUACGACUACGAUUGCGAGUGUCAACAAUUCUGGAUGUCUCCGCCGUGGAGGCGCGACAUCAAGAUCGGCACCAUCUGCGUUCGUAGGUCCUUUUUAUUUUGGUUGGGUCCAGAUGGUAUCGCAGUUUGUAUAGGAAAGAUGAAAUCUUGCCAACGGAAGACCUGA